AUUGCAGGAGCAAUGGCUGUGAAUCCGCUAGACCUCUGGAACCAUUGGGCGACCCAGAUUCUGGUGCUUUUGAGCCUCGCGCUUCAGGUUGUCCUCCUCCUCCUCGCGGGGAUCCGAAGGGGUGAAGCUUCCACCGUGCCGAAGCUCCUCCUCUGGCUUGCCUACCAACUGGCCGACUCGACCGCGAUAUAUACCAUCGGGCACCUGUCCAUCAGCGCCACGGCAGAUAGGCACCAACUCGUGGCAUUCUGGGCACCCUUCCUCCUCCUGCACCUCGGUGGCCCGGACAACAUCACGGCGUAUUCGCUCCAGGACAACGAGCUGUGGCUGCGCCACCUCCUGACUCUCGUCGUGCAGGUCCUCGGAACUGCUUAUGUGCUCUACAAGCACAUCGCCGGCAAUGGCUCCUUGGUUGUGCUGGCCUCCAUCUUGAUGUUCGCAGUCGGUGUUGUAAAGUAUGGCGAGAGGACAUGGGCGCUCAGGCGUGGCAACAUGGAUAGCAUCCGGGGCUCUCUCAAGAAUCAAAGUAUGGGAAGAGGAUAUAAUCACUUUCACCCACAGGAUCGGGGGUUGGACAGAGAAGAAUCCCAGUUGCGUAGAGCUCACACGUUAUUCCACAUCUGCAAGCGUGCCAUUGUUGAUUCUUCGGUCAACAUUGACUCAGAUGGCCAUGAUACCUCCGAGAAGCUUGGGAGGCCACGGGCUAGGUAUAUGUGGUUGUUGAUGGAGAUGGAGCUCUCCCUCAUGUAUACCAAAGCGGCAGUCAAUCACACAUGGUUUGGCUACUGCAUCCGGCUCUUCUCACCGCUCGCCGUUGUCGCCUCGCUCCUGUUAUUCUACUUCAGACGCAAAGAUGGCCAUAGCAUAGUUGAUGUUUUGGUCACAUAUGUCCUGCUGGUUGGUGCCUUGCUCCUAGAGACAACAUCUCUGCUGAACGCACUGGGGUCGACCUGGACAUUUGCUUUCUUGUAUGCCACGAGCUGGGACUCGCUUCGAUAUACCUUCUUGUGCAAUGGAAGGUGGGACCGGCUUCGUCGUGCACUUGUAUCUCUUCGCUUGCUUAUCAGGACAACCACUGGAAGAAGCAGUAGAUCAGUGAGAAGGUGGUCCGGCACAAUGGGGCAAUACAAUAUGUUGCACUUUUGCAGUCUUUGCGUACUUCGGAAGAAGUGGAGUCAGGAUGCACUCGAGCUUCAGGAAGGAUUGGACCAUCAGGAUGGAUUUGAGGGAAUAUCGUAUCAAGAUGUCAGUCAACUUAUCGGAAUUGAGUUCCAGGAGGGCAUCAUCAUCUGGCAUAUCGCCACGGAGAUUUUCCUUGCCUGCAGUGCGGUCAAAAAUGAAAUGGAAGAAGUGAAGGCAGUCAGGGCAAUGUCCAACUACAUGAUGUUUCUCCUCGUGGAGCGCCCAUACAUGCUACCAGGCCUUCCUCAAAAUAGGUUGUACCAGCAAACAUGCAAGAACUUGGUCGAAAUACGGGACCAGGCUGAGCUCCCAACUCCCCAUCCCAGAUGGGGCUUGUUUACUAUGCUCAAGGAUUUAUUCCGCCUGCGUGACGGCCCCAAUUCUGACUCAAGGCUGAUGCUGGUACAGGAGUUUGCCAUCAUCCUACGUAAAAAGGAUCCACCCUUCAGCUUCGGAGCUCCUCGUCUUUCUUAUGCAACUUCCAUCGCCAAAAAGUUGCUCAAUAGGGAUAAAAGCAGGUCGUUGCAGCUGCUCCUGAAGGUUUGGACAGAUAUUUUGGUCUACGCAGCCAACCGAUGCAGCAGGGACUCCCAUGCCAAGAAGCUCAACGAUGGUGGUGAGUUGAUCACCGUCCUGUGGCUUAUGAUAGAGCACCUUCACCAAGUUUCUCUCGAUGCACAAGGGAGUUAAGCCGUGAAUCGCUGCUGUGGGCGCUCCUGGGAGAAGGCACCCAGCAGCUUCACUCACCUUGUAGGGAUGACGCUUCCUCUGAUCUCGUUGUGUUUACGGAGCUUCACCGCCGCUGCAGCCGGAUGAACCCAGGAUUAGGCCAGAUGAAUAGAUCAAUGUCAAAUAGUUGUUCUAUCUCACAUCCACCAGAGUUACUUCUGCUAUCUAUUUCCUCUUUUUAGAGA